UGCGGGGACACAGCAGCAGGUAUCGGUCUCUUCUCUGCUGGGGAAACAAGAACCUCCACAUGGAGCCAGAUGUGUGAGAUAUGAUCCAGAUGUGAAACGGAGCGAAGCCUCUGCGGAGAGAAACGCGUCUUCUCAGCUCGUCACACAGGGUUAGGGUUAACGUUCAUAUGGUUUGAAACCAGUUUCAGAACUAGAUCUAAGUGCUGGGCUCGUUCCAACAUGCAGCCGUAGACCUGGAGUCGGUUUUCAGUCCCGAGGAGAUGAGGAGCUGCAGAGUGUAACUCCACAGGACGUCAUGGGGAAAUGGGAGCUGACUAUGAACCCAGUGCAGGAGUGGGGCGAGGAGUUCGAGGACGGCGCCGUGUACGGGGUCACCCUGCACCGGGAGCCCGCCCCCCCCUCCGCCCCGCAGACCGACGAUGCCAAUCCGUCCUGCGCCUUCGUCCAGUACCGAACCUGCAAGGUGCGGCGCCUGAAGGCCGCCACGCUGGAGCUGCUGGUCAACCACCUGCUGGACCCCAGCUACCAGGAGCAGGACUACAGCAAGAUCUUCCUCUCCACGUACAGAACGUUCACCGGCAGCUCCAAGCUCAUAGAGCUGCUCUUCCAAAGAGACGGUGCUGCGUCAGACCUGGACAACUGUGAGUUCUACAGGAGCCCUCUGCUAGCCUUCAUCCAGACGUGGUUGGACGAGUUCAGCGAGGACUUCAGGGACCCCCCCCGGCACUCGGCCCUCCGGCUGCUGCUGGACCACCUGAGCAUCAGCUCCGCGGUGCUCGACAACAUGCGCACACAACCCAACUUCUGCUCGUUGGCCGGGCAAGCGGAGGCGCUGCUCAAGAGCUUCCAGAGAGAAGAACCGGAGACAGACGUCGGUUCUGCUCUGGCGGAUCUGGAUCAGGAGGCCGAGGGAUCUGGUGACGACGAGGACUCCGGAUGUGAGAACUCUCUGGAUUCAGGAGGGAUCCUGGAUUACUCUACUGCCGCCGUUGCCGAACAGCUCACCCGCGUGGACUCAGCUCUGUUUGUCCGAGUGGUGCCGUACCAGUGUCUGGGCUGUGUGUGGUCUCAAAGGGACAAGAAGGAGAACAUGGCUCCCACCAUCCGGGCCACCAUCUCCCAGUUCAACGCCGUCACCAGCCAGGUGAUCAUGUCUCUGCUCUGCCAGCCCACGGACGCCACCUCCAGUCCCACCUCCUCCUGCCUCCCCCCCACUACUCCUGCACAGAGGGCCCGCAUCAUCGAGAAGUGGAUCCGAGUAGCACAGGAAUGUCGUCGGCUGAAGAACUUCUCGUCUCUCAGAGCGAUUCUGUCGGCGCUUCAGUCCAACGCCGUCUACCGGCUGAGGAAGACCUGGGCGGCGGUCAGCAGAGAGAGCAUGGCCACGUUCAAUAACCUGUGGGAGACCUUCCCUGACGAGAACUGUGUCCUCACCAACAGAGAGCUGCUGGAGGAGGACGGAGGCCAGGCCAGCGCGGAUAACAUUUCUCCAAAGAUAUCCAAGCGGUGUCCGAUCGCCAGGCAGAUGAGCUCGUCCAGUGGAGUGGUUCCCUACCUGGGGACGUACCUGACCGUCCUCACCAUGCUGGACACCGCUCUGCCCGACACCGUGCAGAGUGGACUCAUAAACCUGGAGAAGAGACGAAGGGAGUUUGAGGUUCUGUCUCAGAUCCGUGUGCUGCAGGCGUCCUGCUCCCGGGACAACCUGCCCCAUCACCCCCGAGUCGCUGCCUGGCUGCAGGGACACCGGCUGCUCACUGACCAGGAGAGCUAUGAGGUGUCGAGGCAGCUGGAGCCUCCGGUGGACGUCUGCUCUCCGACUCUGUGGUCAGGCCACCGCACGCUCAGCAAGAAACUCUCCAGUCUCCUGACGGUGAGCGACGGGGCGAAGAAAGUCCCGGCCGACCAGAUCAGCGUCUCCUCCUCUGGAUCCAGUGGAUCUGAGAUGGAAGAUCUGUCCUCCCCGAACUCGGCCUGUUCCAUCAGACUGCAGUCCUUUCACAGCUCCUGCAACAACGUGUCCGAGCCCUACUCCUUGUCCUCCUCGGCCUCCUCCUCCCCGUGCUCCUCUACCGCCUCCUCCUCUCCGUGCUCCUCUACCGCCUCCUCCUCCCCGUGCUCCUCCGCCGCCUCCUCUCCAGACUCUCCCACUCCCUCCGGCUCCCCCUGCGACUGCCGGGCGGACCCUCACCCCCCCGCCUCGUCAUGUGGCGGUGCAAGGCCGAAGUCCUCCCUGGCCUCCCACCACAAACGCUCCGUGUCCAUGACCUCGCUGCCCGUGUACAACCGCCAGGUGGCCGACACGUGCAUCGUCAGGGUGAGCGUGGACUUGAGCAACGGCAACAUGUACAAAAGCAUCCUGUUGACCAGUCAGGACAAAACUGCUCAUGUGAUUCAGAGGGCGUUGGAGAAACAUCACCUGGAGCACCUGAGCUGGAGGGAGUUCACCCUGACGCAGGUCAUCUCCCAGGACAGAGAGCUGCUCAUCCCGGACAAAGCCAACGUCUUCUACGCGAUGUCCACAACAGCUAACUUUGACUUUGUCUUACGGCAAUCCCCCAAAGGCCAGAAGAAGCCCCUGAGGGCCACGUCCAGCCUGGGGCGAUACACAAAGUAGCUCAGAGGGUCUGGAGGAGCUUCUAGAGCUCAGAGGGUCUGGAGCUUCCUCUGUCUCACUUUGAAACAGAGGAAACUUUUUAAAAUGUGACGGACAAGACGAUGCAGAAGCACUUUAUGAAGAGGAAGCAGCUGAAACUGAUGAAGCUGAAGAGAAACGCCUGGAUCUGACUUGCUUUUAUUUCCUGUUGGAAUAAACUUGGUAUGAAUCCGGCCAUCAAACCAAAGAACUCCUUGAUUUGAGUCCGCUGCUCGAUGUCACUUCAUUUUGUCGUUGCUCUGAGGACGUGGACAGAAACGCUGUCCAUCAAAGAGCAACAAGUGCUGACAUCAGCGACCUAUAUAUCUAAAUAUAUAUAUAUAUACUUGAACGUUGACAAAAUAACACAGCUGGACGCUAACAAUAACCUGUGUGUUAGAAAAGGGAAUAUGGGUCAGAAGCUGUGCACAGCCGGUAUCUAACUCCCGAGGCCCCCUGCUGAGCUGACGUGUUUCCAUACGAGGAGUGGGAGGAGACGCUCUCAGCUGGGAUCGGCGUGUUCCCUGCUGGUCUCAGACCUGUUGACGUGAUUAUAGAGCACGACUCGCUGCCCGACCGGAAAGAUGGCAUUCCUGAACUCUGGUAAACAUGGCGGCAGCAGAUAUUUGAUGGACAGGAUGUAAAUGCAGAUGAAGCAACAAUAAGGGCGAAGUGUCGGAUGUUUAUUAUUUAUUUUCACUUCGGUUCCACCACGCUUCACUCGAACGCACCUUUAUUGACACGUGGUGAUGACUCACGAGGAUUUAACUUGUCCUCUGACUCUGAUUUGGAGACAUGGUUGAUUUAAUGUGGCCAGAAUUUACUGAUGAAAACUCCUGAGAAUAUUUAAAAUGUUUUAUUUUUUAACUUAAUUGUAUUUAACAGUGUGGCUCAGACUUGUGAAGCUGGGAUGUAACUGGUCCUGUGACGUGAUCAAACCUCCCCAAGUAUGAACAUUUUAGAAUAAGCUUAUUCUUAUUAUACUGUGCAAUACCCCCCCCCCCCUUUGAUAAUUUAUAAAUGAUCUUGGCUUAUAAAUAACUGCAAAUUGUUCGAUCUUUUUUGAUGAAGACAAAUGUUAGAGUUGUAAAACAAAAUGAAUAAACUGUCUGAAAAAAUGAAUUUCUACCAAAUUUCCAUUAAACUGAUGUUCUUA